CAUGUUUGUACCGUCGUCGUGGGGAGAGACUGCUACUGUAUAGACGCUAUUUCAGAGUACUCCGUUUUUUUAACUAUCAUAAUGUUCACGUUCUGAGUAUUAAAUGCACCCACUGCUUCCGUAAACCUUAAGGGGUUGGGAUUUGCACAAUGGCAGCCAACGCUCAGGACUAUGAUUUUGAUGAGUAUGACAAACCUGGUGCUGAGCGUUCCCGCAGAAGAAGAGGUGGAGAAGAUGCUCUGGAGAGUGAUUUGGAAGAGGAUUUGUUGGAGGAAGAUUGGCUGUCUGCUAAAAAGAAUCCUUCAGAAAUGUCAGAUGAAGAGCUAAAUGAUGACCUUCUUCAAAGUGACGAUGACGACCUGAACACGAGUGGUCAACAUGCUACAUACAGCAUGGGAGCUUCCUAUGACCAGCAGGGCAACUUGCAGGAAGCAGACUACACAGAUGAUGUCGUGAACCUGGGUGCAGAGGGCUGCGAAGAGGAGGAGGAGUUCCGCCAAGAGGAAGAUGCAUAUGCAGAAACCUACAACCAGGAGGACAAUACAGAGAUGUCUGAGAACCAAAUGGAUUACGCCGGAGAGCCAGCUGAGGGUGAUGAUGGCUACCAGUAUGAAGUGCUAGACAUCAACAUCAACGAGCCGUUAGACGGUGAAUUUCAAAAUGAGGAGUUUCAAAGAUCCAAUGGCAAUGAAGCAGAAACGACUCAGGAGGAAGAUGCUGAGGAGGGGAGAGGAGAAGAGCAGCAAGAAGAAAACGCAACAGAGGAACCUCCAGUCUAUGAGACAGAGGAGGGUGGGAAUAAGACUCUUCCUGAGGACGAAACGCAGGAGGAAUCUGAUGAAGAGGACGAAGAAAGUGCAGAAUCUGGCAGAAUACGGUUUAAAUCUGAGAGGAAGGAUGGCGUUGUUGUGCGCCUGGCGGAUUCUGGUAGUAAAAAAAGGCACAUCCCUGAAACUCUCGAGCUUUCAGACAAGGCCAAGAAAGACUUGAUGGAGUUUGAGGUGCAGGAACGGCAGAAGAGACAAAACCGUCACGGAGGCCGAGGCAGAGGAGCAGGAAUGGGAGCAGGGGGGCGAGGAGGCAGAGGAAGAGGAGGUUUCUCUGGCUUUGGAAUGGCAGAUUUUAGAGGAGGACAAAGAAGAAAAAUGCAUGACCAAAUGCUGCCCCUGAUGGGAAACAUGAGCAUACAGCCGUCCUCUCGAAUGCCUUCCCCGCAUCAGCAGCAUCUGCAGUCCCAUCAGCACCACCCUUCACGUCCAAGAGGACCACUUCCCUUCCAGGAGCACGGACGCCCCAUUCCCCAGCAGACUCUUCAGCCGCUGCUCUCCUCUCACCUGGCUCAUCGCUCCCCACCCCUACGGCCCCAGCUGGAACAACCCCCACCUCGAAUGAUGAAUUCCCCGCCGCCUAGUUUCCCUCAACAUCACCAGCAACAGCCCACUCAACCCAAAAACAUCCACAUUAACCCCCACUUCAGAGGACCUGCACAGUCCUCUGUACAAAUGCCCUUGAUGCCUCCUGCUCAGAGCCAGUCCAGACCUGCUGUGGGUCCUCAGAGGUUUCCUGGCCUUGGAGACUUCCAGCAGCACAUGCCAGGUAAUUUUGGUCCACCCCAGCGACUGCCUCAUCACAUGGAGCCCUUAAGGAACCAACCACCUCAGGGCCCUCAGGACAGGGAGCCUCUCUUUAUAGGAGAGUGUGGAGAUUCAUCACGGUUUCCAGGUCAGCACAUGUUUGAUCACCCAGGGCCUGGCUCUUUGAUGAACAGCGGCAACAACCUCCACCACCACCAGCUGUCUGGCCAGGCCCACAUGAGCUUCAGCCCUCCUGGAGCGCCCUUCAACCAGCCAGGCCAGGGCCCGUUAGGACUGUUCCAGAGAGAACCCCCGAGACCCAACCUCCCUCCCCACCAAGGCCACCAGGGGAUGGUGAACCUGAAUCAACAAGGUGGUCCCCCAAACCAGCCCCGGCCUUUCAUGAGCCCUCGACAGCCAUUCGGCCAGCAGGGCAACAUGUUCCCCCCUCCACCAGUUCAGUUUGGGUUGCAGGUACCACGAAGAGGCUUGAUGCACACGCCCCCUGUCUCCCAGCUGCCACAUCAUGAUCCUUUAUCUCCCCAUCCCAUACAUCAGCAGCAGCAGCACCACCACCAUAGGCAAGAGAUGCCCCAUCAACAGCACCAACAGAUAAAUCUCAAUGAGCCUCGCUCCAUGACACAUCAUGGUCAAAAUCCUUUCCAUCAGCAGCAGGGGCAUGGUGGCCCCAGGCACAUGAAUCCCCGUUCUCAGAACCCCCCACAGAGGAACAUGUCAAACAGGCAGAGAAUGAACACGCCCAUCUCCAAGCAAAUGCAGCACCGCAACAGCAACCUACGGGAGCUCCCUGUAGCACCUGCUAACACAAACAUGAACAGUUCCUCCCCCGCUGCCAGCAUCAAUCCUGUUGCCAGGACAACGCCGGGAACGCGUCCGGGGCAGAGCAUUCAGCCGGCGUAUGGCGGUGGCAGAGGAAGAGGCCAAGCUGCGAAGACUGAACCACAGGCUGGGGAAGCAGGCAGGGUGGUGACUCAACAACAGGAAACUACAAACACACCAUCCAGCUCAAUACCACAGGACCCUGACGAAGAUGAAGAGACUCGGCAGUACCGUCUGAAGAUCGAAGAGCAGAAGCGUCUCAGAGAGGAGAUCCUGAAGAGAAAGGAGCUGCGGCGGCAGAUGCAGGCUGGUGUCAGGAAGAAGGAGCUGCUGGAGAGACUUAACGCUCAGACAAACACACAAAACCAGGACUCUACUCCUACACAGACUCAACCUUCACCACCAAAUCAGCUCCCUGUACCACAGCAGCAACAGCAGCAGCAGCAGCAGCAAGAACAAAACCUGCAACAACUACAGGCUCACCAGCAGCAGAGGCCGGUUCCUCAGAGGCCACAACAGUCAGUAAAUCACACAUUAACUAAUCCUAAUCAGGACAGUGCCAUGCCUCCUAGCAUUCCUGCCCUGAUCCCUGCCCCACGCCCCAACGUCAAGUCACGCCUACAGAUGGUAAAAGGGAGCCCACAGGAGCAACAGACCCCUGGCUCAGGUCCUGAGCAGCAGUGGAAGCAGCCCCAACAGAACCAGCAGCAGCAGCAACAGCAGCAGCCACUUCUGCUGCAACAAAGAAGAAAUAGCUCUUUGCAGAGUGCAAACAAACCAGGCGCUCAAGUUCCUCAAAAGAACACCCCUCUUUCAGUGAGGCAAGGCCCAGCUCAGACUCUUGGACCUAAACCCGGGGCGAAAAGAACUGUGAUGCAGCGUGUGAAAAAUGCAGGUGUGGAAGCCCAGCAGGUGCCACAGAAAGUCAGAGUCGUCAAACUAUCAGGACCGAGUGGAAAGAGGCCCGAGGCAACCAGCAGCCCAGCGCAGCAGCAAGGCACCUGGCAAGCACCUCCACUCAACCAGAGCAUCCAGAGGAAGGUGACCAUGAUGGGACAGCAGCAAGUGGGACCAGGUGGAACACCGCAGGCUAGCCGCGGGGGCUCGGGAGACGCACAGCAAAGCAGGGUUGUUGUAUCGGGUCGGGGUCGAGGUAGAGGGACUGGUCCGGUGGGACGGGGUCACCCACUACCCACUAGGCAGAGCCAAAAAGGAGCAGAGAAAGAACACAGCACUGUGUGCAUCGAGGGCCUCUCCACAUCUACUACUGAGUUUCAGCUCAAGAACCUCCUCAUGUCCAUCGGCCCUAUAGAGAUGUUCAAAAUGAUGCCGCAGCAGAGAAAAGCUAUUGCCAAAUUUUCCAAUCCCCAGCAUGCUGAGAGUUUCCAAAUGAGCUUCCAUAGGCACAUGAUUGAUUUGUCCCACAUUGAUGUGUCGCUGACUGAUGGCUGAGGAGCUCAGCAGAUCCACCAAAGGGUCUCUUUCUUCUGCUGUGGUGGGAGUCUCUCGUGCAAAGCUCUGCUCCACGUGGCUACAGGAUUAUUUCUUCAACACACUCAUCGUCUCGCCACCGAUUUCAUCAUUCGUCUCCCUCCAGUUUGGACAAAUGAACACAAAGACAGUACCUAUGUGCAUGCAUGUGUUUGAUUCUGCUUGCCAAGUGUCUGUAGUUUUAAAAUGGCAUUGAAGAGACACUAAACAGUGAAUCAUCCCUUGAUGUUUGAACUUUCUUUUUUUUCCCCAAUCUCAAAAGGACAUGGUAAAAUCUAUCAUGGGAUAACUAAUGGUUGCUACCCUCUUCAUUGAGUUAUCUAUAUUAAACUUAAAAAGUCACAUAAUUAUUAUUCAGCUUUAACCCCCUCAUAGUAUGUUUAUUUUAUACUUCGGUUUCAUGCAGGCAGAAGUUUGUGGUGUAAUUUUUACUCCCUUGAUGUAGGUGGCAGUAUUUUAUCUCUUUCGUUGCAUUGUUGGUUUCAGCCUAAGCUUUAUCCUCAGGUUGUUUUUUUUGGGCCAAUGGCGCCAUCUAGUGGGGAUGUUUAAUGCAGGGACAGAAGGGACCUGGAUGCUGAUUGGAUGUUUACUGUAGCAGCAGCUGUGAGAGAUCCUUAGAUGGUUUAGUUUUCAGAAUACCAAGCACUCUAAGGAGUUUGUAAAUACUGUUAGCCUUUCUGGUUCUCCUCAGAGUCCUCUGGAUUUAAAGAUUAAAGAAUUUCUGUUUCUUUUUGUUCUGAAUAUAAUUCAGUCUUUUAGCUGUUGGCAUUGGAGAUAAAUGUUUUCUUUUGACAUGCGGUUUGUUUGUUAGAUUAUGUACUUGUCAAAAGUUCAGAGCUGUACCAAAAAUAGAAAGGUUAUUAUUAUCAAAGUGACUUGAUUUCUUAUAGUUGGCAAGUGCUAUAUUUGGAAUCAUUUUUUUAAUUGCUUUGGGAGAAAAACUGCUUUCAUUCAUUCCUUUUUUUUUAAGCCAGAGAAAGGAUCUAAGAUUUUGAAGUCAUCUGAUUGGUUGGUGUCUUAUAACUGAGCAGUGUGGUUUAGUUGGAUUUGAAAUCAUUGUCACUGCUUAACACUAUUAGUUAGAAGAAAAGUCAAAGAAAUUUAACUGCAAACCUUUUUCUACAAAUUGAAUUCACACAAACAGUCAUCUGAACAUGCUGAAGUAGUUCAGUUAAAAGCUAUUGGGAAAUUACCCAGAUUUCUCCAUUACUUAUUAUGAUACAUAUUUUUUCCAAGUUUUUCUGACUUUUUAUACAGUAAUACAUAAAUCAGUGAUAAACGGGUUUCCUGUAACAUUUCAAUUGACAUUUAAACUCAUUUCAUUUCCCUUUCUUUCUCCACUACAUUUUUAAGUAUUCCACAAAAAAUAUCACUGAAGUUGGUGACAUUCAAAUAUUAUUCGUAGUAAAUGUUGAGGGAGCAACCAUUAAACUUCUAGUGGUCGUGUAUAUAAGUAAACAAGACAUUUUGCUCUUAAUUUAUCCUUUUUGACUAUUACUUUCCUUUUCCUGUGUUAGUCAAGUUGUAACAAGUUAGUUUUUUUAUAUGUAAAAGCUGAGCUAAUUUGUCCAGAAAGAAAUCCUUUUUACAAGUGGUGUGUUUCUAUUUUAGAGUCACAGCAAGAAUUGAAAUUUCUGUUCAUGAGUGAAAAAACAACAAACGUUUAAAGGAAAACAACAAAAAAAUGCUAAUAAAAACAUGGCCAAUAUACCGUACACAUGCUGGUAUGUGAAGCCGGUCAAACUUUA